UUUUUUUUUUUUUUUUUUUUGCUGCCCAUAUUUUUAAAAGAACUGUGUUACUGUUUUAGAGUUGAAAGGGCUCAAAUAGCAUUUUGCUGUUAAUGACCAGUAUGUGGAGUCUGAUUUAACUUUCCAGAAAUGAUGUUUUGAGUUGUAUUGCCAAAUUGCAGUCCUAAAUGGUGAAUGUUGAAUGAUGCACUAUGUUUUUGUUUAAAUGAAAUUUACGGAAAAUAAUUAACUUCAUUGAGACUUAGGGGAAAUUGAUGUUGCUAUCAUGAGGCAGCAUUAAAAAAAAAACAAACAUAUUUUAAAAGCUGAAGACAUUUCAAGCAGGUUUAGUUUUUGAUGAAAUAGAAAGAACAUGGACCUGAGAUUUAAAAGACCUGGUUUCUAGCUGCUACUUAUCAACUUUAUUACACUGGGAAAGUGGGCCUCAGUUGUUUUUCUGUAAACAUGAAUAAAUUGGACUAUUUGAAUUCAGAACUCAGAAAGUUGGAAGGGAUCUUAAAGCCCUCCAUGAAAAAGUUUGGGAAUGUUCUCCAUUGCUGUCAUUUUUCCUCCAAAAAUAACCUGGCUUGGAAGUCAUUGGUCCAAAGGGAAUUUGACUCCCCAUAGAAAUUGGAGAAAAGGUAAUGCAAGUAGAGAGGAACAGCUGUGUAUAUGUUUGAGGAGUAAACUCACUAACAGAUUCUGGUGCGAAUUUUGGAGACUUAAAAAGGAUGAGUGUAUGUACCAUAAGUGUACCAGUUUCCUCACUUUCUCCUGGUAGAAGACGUAGCACUUUUAGUGGUGCUGGGAUUCUGGGGUGUGUUCCUAUUACUUCUAAUACAGAUGAAGAAGAUGUGGUAGAGGGAAAGAUGGUAGCAGAAGGAAUGGAUAAAGAGGCAGAAUUGCCCACUAAAAAGAAAAGAAAGAAGGGUUUGCGAAUUAAGGGGAAAAGGCGACGAAAGAAACUGAUCCUUGCGAAAAAGUUUAGUAAGGAUUUGGUAUCUGGGAGGCCAGUUGCAGAUGCCCCUACUUUGUUAGCUUCUAGUGCCCCUGAGCAGGAUGAAGAAAGUCUCUUUGAAAGCAAUAUAGAAAAACAGAUCUAUUUACCUAGUACCAGAGCCAAGACCUCCAUUGUGUGGCACUUCUUUCAUGUGGACCCGCAGUAUACCUGGAGGGCUAUUUGUAACCUCUGUGAAAAAAGUGUUAGUAGGGGUAAACCAGGUAGCCAUCUCGGGACAUCUACUCUUCAACGACAUCUGCAGGCAAGGCAUUCACCUCACUGGACAAGGGCCAACAAAUUUGGAGUUACAAGUGGGGAGGAAGAUUUUCCUCUGGAUGCACCUUUAUCUCCCUCUUCUGCUGGAAGCAGUGGAAGCUUUGAAUAUAUCCCUGCUGAUCCAUUAGAUAAUGGAAUGGGUAAGAAACGUGAUAAAUCAGUAUCUGAUGCCCUGAGGGCACAAAGAGGGAGAUUUCUCAUUAAAAGUAACAUUGUCAAGCAUGCCUUAAUUCCUGGAACAAGAGCCAAGACAUCUGCAGUUUGGAAUUUUUUCUAUACUGAUCCUCAGCACAUCUCAAGAGCUGUGUGUAACAUAUGUAAACGAAGUGUGAGCCGGGGUAGGCCAGGUUCUCAUCUAGGAACUUCAACACUUCAACGACACCUGCAGGCCACUCAUCCCAUCCAUUGGGCAGUUGCCAACAAAGACAGUGGUGCAGUUGGAAAUGGAUUAGAUGAAACUGAAACUGAGAGAAAUGAUCUCUUGAGUGACACUUUGCAUGGAGAGAAGUCUGCAGGCGGCCAAGACGUAGCAGCUGAGCACCUUAGUGACUCUGAUUCAGAUGAACCUCCUGUAUUAGAGGUUGAAAAUAGAAGAUCUGAGAGUCCUACUCCUGUUGCAGAGCAAGACACUCAAAUGCAUGCACAAGAGCAAGAAACAGCAUACUGUGGAAAUUCAGCUUCAAGUCAAAUAAGUCAGGCAGUUAUUCAAAUGAUUGUGGAAGAUAUGCAUCCUUACAACUAUUUCUCAACCCCAGCCUUUCAGAGGUUCCUGCAGAUUGUGGCCCCUGACUAUAGGUUACCGUCUGAAACUUUCUUUUUCACUAAGGCUGUACCUCGAUUAUACGAUUCUGUCAGAGAAAAAAUUUUCUUAACUUUGGAGAAUGUUCAGACCCAAAAGAUUCACCUGACUGUGGACAUAUGGACCCAUGACCCAUCCACUGACUAUUUCAUUGUGACAGUACAUUGGGUCUCUUUGGAAACUACACCUUCUUUCAAUAAUGGCAGGAUCCCCAACUUUAGAAGGUGGGCAGUUCUUUGUGUAACAGGUUUAGCCAAAAACUGUUUGAUAACCAACAUUUUACAAGAAUUAAAUGACCAGAUCGGUCUGUGGCUUUCUCCUAAUUUCCUCAUCCCUAGCUUCGUUGUUUCUGACAGUUCUUCUAGUGUAGUACACGCAGUCAAAGAUGGCGGUUUUACCCACGUGCCAUGCUUCCUGCGUUGUUUAAAUAUAGUCAUUCAGGACUUUUUCUGUGAGCACAAAAGCAUUGAGAACAUGUUAGUGGCUGCCAGGAAAACCUGUCAUCAUUUUAGUCAUUCAGUCAAGGCCCGUCAGAUACUGCAAGAGUUCCAAAAUGAUCACCAACUUCCAUGGAAAAAUUUGAAACAAGAUGAAGCUGGCCAUUGGAUUUCUACCUUUUAUAUGUUAAAAUGGCUCUUGGAGCAUUGCUACUCAGUUCACCAUAGUCUUGGUAGAGCCAGUGGAGUUGUGCUCACCUCCCUUCAGUGGACUCUAAUGACAUAUGUUUGUGAUAUUCUUAAACCAUUUGAGGAGGCCACCCAGAAAGUGAGUGUGAAGACCAUAGGAUUGAAUCAGGUGCUACCCCUCAUCCAUCAUCUACUCCUUUCCCUGCAGAAACUCAGAGAAGAUUUUCAAGUCAGAGGUAUUACUCAGGCCCUCAAUCUGGUAGACAGUUUAUCUCUGAAACUUGAAACUGACACCCUACUAAGUGCCAUGCUCAAAUCCAAGCCCUGUAUCUUGGCUACUUUGUUAGAUCCUUGCUUUAAAAACAGUUUGGGAGACUUUUUUCCUCAAGGUGCUGAUUUGGAAACUUAUAAGCAGAUCCUUGCAGAAGAAGUUUGUAACUAUAUGGAAUCUUCACCAGAGGUCUGCCAUAUUGCAACUUCAGAAGCUUCUGGCCCCUCAGCUAUAGUAGGAGCUGAUUCAUUUACCUCAUCUAUAAGAGAAGGCACCUCCAUUUCAGGAUCUGUUGAUAGCUCAGCUGCAGAUACUGUUGCCAUUGGAGGCAAAAGCUUCAUGUUUCCUUCUGCUAUGGCAGUGGUGGAUGAAUACUUCAAAGAGAAGUAUUCAGAGAUCUCAGGGGAUGAUGACCCUUUGUUUUAUUGGCAGAAGAAGGUGAACGUAUGGCCAGCUUUGACCCAAGUUGCUAUUCAGUAUCUGAGCUGCCCCAUGUGUAGUUGGCAAUCUGAAUGUGUCUUUACUGCAAAUAGCCACUUUCAUCCAAAGCAGAUCAUGAGCCUGGACUUUGAUAAUAUAGAACAGCUGAUGUUUCUGAAAAUGAACUUGAAAAAUGUUAACUAUGAUUAUUCUGCAUUGGUUCUAAGCUGGGAUCCUGAGAAUGAAGUUAUUCAAAGCAAUGAAAAAGAAAUAUUAUCUUAAUUUCUUUUUCCUUUCUCCAUUUAAAAUGGGCAACUUAUUGCUAUGUUAGUGUAUCCUAAUUGCUAUAAUUGUUAUAUGUAGUUAUACUAAUUAUUCUUUAUGCACUAUCUGGGGAAACCUGAAAACACAGAAAGGGCUGAAAAUUCCUCAGAGGUAAUACAGUAUCGACAAAGUAAAGAUUAACUUUAAAGAUUUCAUAGUAGUAAUUCAGUAUAGCUAUCACCUGAAAUUUUGUUUGUUCCAAUUGAGAGAGGAAAAGAGAUAUUUUAAUUAGAAAAAUAUAGUGCAGCAUUGAAAGGCCUUAGGCUAUUUCUGGCUGGUAGAUUGAACUAGUAAUUGGUUUUAAGUUAAAAUUUCUCUCAACUUGGGAAGGUUGAUUGCUCUGAAACCAAUGAAAUAGAGAAAAGGCAGGACUGUAUAGUCCAUGGGUUCACAAAGUCAUAUGGAGCUGAGCGACUUUACUUUCGUACUAAACUGAUAUAUCUCCCCUCCCCCCACCACCACUAGUUUUCUAUUUCUUUAAAAACCCUGAUUCAUACUUACAGCUUGGCAAAAACAAAAGUUCACAAAAUUGUUUUAUACUUCGGAGUUUCUAAUUGCCUCCUCAUACUGGUCAAUUUUAUAAUUUAAGUGUGAUAGAGUUGCCCUUUAUAUUUAAGAUUGGUUCUGUAUGAAACGGAAACAUUAGAAUAAACAAUUAGAUAUUUUUAGUCUUUGAAUUGCCCUAUUUAACUUUUAUUGUAAAAACAAUAAAAGAUUAUAUAGGUACUUUUAUAUAAUUUAUGGGUAAAUGACAAAAAAUUUACAGAAUUGGAGAAGAUUAAAUGGGAAUAAAAACAAAAGCCCCGUGAGCAUACUGUGACAAAACCAAUAUCCAUUUCCCAAAGAAUGUUUCUCUGAAUUUAAGUGAUCAUAAAUGUCUUCUUAAAAAUUACACCGAAUGACCCAUAAUACUAUAUUCUUAACUGUGAGAUUAUUUUGGCCUUAACUCUUAUUUCAAAAUAAGCAGUCAGUAUUUUCAUGUGUUGGUAAUCAUUGCCUCACUGGUAAAAUGAAAGAAUUGAUCUCAGUUGAUCUUGUCCCUUUCCACUCUGAGAGUAUUGUUUUUGUGAUCGAGUGGGAGGCCAGAAAUGAUGACUUUUAGUAAAAGUUUCAGACUGAAUAACUAAUGUAAGAUCCCAAUUUUUCCUUUUUUUCA